UUAUGAAUAAUGUAGUUUUAGUUAUUAGCAUUAGCAUUUUGUAAUUUUCUCAGGUCUCAUAAACAAAGGGAACAUCAUGCCAACCCCCGAGCUGUGUGUUAUAAACAACAGAUUGUUUUGGAUAUUCGGCUCUUUGGUGGCCUUUUAUAUUCCGAUGUUAACGAUGGUGGUGUCAUUCGCUUUAACUGUUCAACUGCUGAAGCGACAAGCUAUAUUGGCUGCAACGCCUGUACCGGGAGGUACUCAGAGAAGGAAAUGCGGCGCAUUCGACAAUAGUUCAACAUCGACAGUACGACGUCUGAAUACCAGAAGCUCACCAGACCUCUCACCGGGGUCGACCAGACAUAUGACAUGGCGUGUAACAUCAGUCACCAGGUCACAACACAACAAGAUCGGCAUGAGCGUGUCCCACCCACAACUAAGCUACAUGAAUGGAUGUGGCAACGGCAUGAAUUCUGGUUCUAUGAAGAGCCACGACGUCGGAACUCAGACACCAGACAACAUAUCUGCAGAGACAAGAAGAGCCAAGAUGAACCCUCUAAAGAUUAGUCUUGCAGCGCCAAAUGCAUUAACUUUGAGGUUUCUAAAGAAUCGCAAGAAAGGAAGAUCUUUAUCUGCAAACGCGGUUGCUAACGAACAGAAAGCCACCAAGGUUCUAGGACUUGUCUUCUUCACCUUCGUGCUGUGCUGGGCGCCAUUUUUUCUACUCAAUAUAUUGUUUGCUUCAUGCCCGGCCUGUAUUGUACCAGAGCACGUAGUCGACGUUUGUUUGUGGCUGGGAUAUAUGUCAUCCACCAUCAACCCAAUCAUUUAUACUAUCUUCAAUAGAACAUUUCGGACGGCUUUCUUACGUCUGCUGAGAUGUCGUUGUAGCCGGCGAGGUAAAUGUACGCGCUACCAGACGGUCGGGUCGGCGCGAGGAGCGUCGCAGCUCUGCGCCAGAUCAGCAUUACCCCUCGCCAUCUCACUGCGCCCGUCCGGCAUGCUAGCGGCGACAGACACGCACGAAACUGCCGAAACCGAACUCAUUGAUACACCACUACGAGAUUUCAACAAUCGAUAUUAGAUUUGAAAUGUUUUCUCAGUACCUGUAAAUUUAAGAUCAUUGAAAACCAAAAAUAUAAAUGUUGUACAAAGCAUUAUUACUAUUAAAUUAACAAAUUAUCAUAAUAUACAAUGAGAUGAAAUUAUAUCAGUCAUAUAAACAUUUUAAAAAUUUUGUAAUAAGUCUUAAAAUACAAUUUUACAGUAAAGUGAUGUUAGCUCGUUCAAGAGUUAUUAUUCCACGCCAUCUGCAUCAAAAAAUAUUAAGCAAACAGAUUAAAACAUCCAGUUAGUGAAAUACUACACUCCAUCAUUUUAAAAUUUGUAUACGCUGUUAUUUGGACAGUUUUUCACUGAACAGUUUGUCAUUGCGUGGCCUUGUAUUCAAAGUGCGGUCAAAACACGACUGUAUAAUAACGGGGGAAAUAUAAUUGUUUGAAUUAUUUAAAAUAAAGUAUUUAUAUUUACUAUAUAUGUUUAUCAAUGUAUGUAAUAUAAGUAACGCUGUCAUGUUAUUGAAGUUGUGAUUCUAGUAGUAUGUACAAUCCCCUUAAGGUCACUGAAGUAUCAAUGUAGUAAUAUAUUUUAUUUGUAGUAUAUCGCAUGAAAUAGUAAUGUGCAAGCAUUAUAGUGUGUCCGUUUGAAGGGCACCGUAGCUAGUGAAUUUCGGACUAAUAAAACUUAAGGUCGGACCGCAAUAGAGCGGCGCGUCAAUUCACGUUGCUCCACGGCACCUUCCGCUUACAACUGCAAUUACUGGCAGCUUGUGCCAUUUCUAUACCAGAAGGCCUACCAUCAAAUGUUAAUUAGCGAUUCAAUUCCGAUGCAGUUCAGCUUAGGUACCUAAACUGAAUCGUUCGUUGUCUGUGAUCCGCGGCGUGAGUAAGAGAUGACGAUGUACAGUCGUUGGAUAAGUCUGUCUCUCUUACUCGAAUCGUAAGCGUUGCGUUUCGAAACCUAUAAUGAUAUUAUAUAUAUUUGAAUUAAAAAUUAAAGGUUUGCUUAGGUGUUUUCGUAAAAAAAAACAAAAUGAUUCACUUUCUGCUAAGAAAGUAGCAACGAUCUAAAACAGUUUGCGAUUCGAUUUCCGACUUGAUUUGACGGCAACCUAAAUAUAAAGGAUAGCUCUAAUGAAUCAUCGUGGUGUAAAGCAGUUCAUUUUAGGUCGUCAGUUGAAUCGCAAUAACAAUUCAUGGUUGCAACGUUACAAGAUGAGCAAUAGUGACGAGGAC